AACUUGGGGGUGGGGGUGGAAGUUACUCCUUUAGCUGGAGGGGCCAGGGAUGGCCUCUCCUAGGAUACUUGAUAGGAGACUUGAUAUGAGACCGGAAUGAGGCGAAACCAGCCUUGCCCAGAGCCAGAGGUGCUCCGAGGGAAUAGCAAGUGCAAAGGCCCAGAGGCGGGACUGGGGCAGGAUAGUGUGUUGGGCGGAGUCAGCACUGUAUGGGAGGAGCCUGCAAGGGACCUUUCUGGAUGAGGCUCCUCCAGCUUCCUGGACCCGGAGCUUGAUGCCAGGUCUGCACUCUGCCCAGGUGCUCCGGAAGACUUGCCUGUGGCUGGAAGCAACUGUUGGUUUUCUGGAGUCUUUCUAGAUUUCUUGUACCUGGAGGUUGUGCCAUGUGGUUACAUGUAUGGAAGACUGUAAUUUUCCACUUGGUCUCUGGAGAACCCGGAAAUCUCUAGAUGUUGUCACCGUUGUUUUUUUUUUUUUUUUAAGUAAUUUUUGAAAUUUCAACUUGGAAGACAGAUUCAGCAUGUGCUUUGCGGGAAGGGGAAGCACGCCUGAACACACCUCUUAGAUGCUGGCCUGAGCUGAGAGGUCCCCUGAUCCGGCUGGGAGAGGCACCCGGCUGCACACUGUUUUCGGGAAUGGGCCUCUGUGGCCUCGGACUCCUUGGUGACAACCUUGGCAGGAUUCUGGGCCGGGCCAGAGCACCUGCUCUGUGGAGACCCGGCCAUCCUCGAAAACCAGAUCUGGCUCCCAGGCCCCUAGUGUCCAGACCGGGGUCAUUUGAGAGGCCUGCGCUUCCACUGCUAAGGUCCCAUCUGAUGCCCAGGCUGAAGGAGUCUCGCUCCCACGAGUCCCUGCUCAGCCCCAGCAGCGCGGUAGAGGCGCUGGACCUCAGCAUGGAGGAGGAGGUGGUCAUCAAGCCGGUGCACAGCAGCAUCCUGGGCCAGGACUACUGCUUCGAGGUGACCACGUCAUCAGGAAGCAAGUGCUUCUCCUGCCGAUCGGCAGCCGAGCGGGAUAAGUGGAUGGAGAACCUUCGGCGAGCGGUACACCCCAACAAGGACAACAGCCGGCGUGUGGAGCACAUCCUAAAGCUGUGGGUGAUCGAGGCCAAGGACCUGCCGGCCAAGAAGAAGUAUCUGUGUGAGCUGUGCCUGGACGACGUGCUCUACGCCCGCACCACGGGCAAGCUCAAGACGGACAAUGUCUUCUGGGGCGAGCACUUUGAGUUCCACAACCUGCCCCCUCUGCGCACCGUCACCGUCCACCUGUACCGGGAGACUGACAAGAAGAAGAAGAAGGAGCGCAACAGUUACCUGGGCCUGGUGAGCCUGCCUGCCGCCUCGGUGGCUGGGCGGCAGUUCGUGGAGAAGUGGUACCCGGUGGUGACGCCCAACCCCAAGGGCGGCAAGGGCCCCGGGCCCAUGAUCCGCAUCAAGGCUCGCUACCAGACCGUCACCAUCCUGCCCAUGGAGAUGUACAAGGAGUUUGCCGAGCACAUCACCAACCACUACCUGGGGCUCUGUGCAGCCCUCGAGCCCAUCCUCAGCGCCAAGACCAAGGAGGAGAUGGCAUCAGCCCUGGUGCACAUCCUGCAGAGCACGGGCAAGGUGAAGGACUUCCUGACGGACCUGAUGAUGUCAGAGGUGGACCGCUGUGGGGACAAUGAGCACCUUAUCUUCCGGGAGAACACGCUGGCCACCAAGGCCAUCGAGGAGUACCUCAAGCUGGUGGGCCAGAAGUACCUGCAAGAUGCGCUAGGUGAGUUCAUCAAAGCUCUGUACGAGUCGGAUGAGAACUGCGAAGUGGACCCUAGCAAGUGCUCGGCCGCCGACCUCCCCGAGCACCAGGGCAACCUCAAGAUGUGCUGCGAGCUAGCCUUCUGCAAGAUCAUCAACUCCUACUGUGUCUUCCCACGGGAGCUGAAAGAGGUAUUUGCCUCAUGGCGACAGGAGUGCAGCAGCCGUGGCCGGCCUGACAUCAGCGAGCGACUCAUCAGCGCCUCCCUGUUUCUGCGCUUCCUCUGCCCUGCCAUCAUGUCGCCCUCACUCUUCAACCUGCUGCAGGAGUACCCCGAUGACCGCACUGCCCGCACCCUCACCCUCAUCGCCAAGGUUACCCAGAACCUGGCCAACUUCGCCAAGUUUGGCAGCAAGGAGGAGUACAUGUCAUUCAUGAACCAGUUCCUGGAGCACGAGUGGACCAACAUGCAGCGCUUCCUGCUAGAGAUCUCCAACCCCGAGACCGUCUCCAACACGGCCGGCUUCGAGGGCUACAUCGACCUGGGCCGCGAGCUCUCCAGCCUGCACUCGCUGCUCUGGGAGGCCGUCAGCCAGCUGGAGCAGAACAUUGUAUCCAAACUGGGACCCCUGCCUCGAAUCCUGAGGGAUGUCCACACAGCACUGAGUACCCCAGGCAGUGGGCAGCUCACGGGGACCAACGACUUGGCCUCCACUCCUGGCUCUGGCAGUAGCAGCAUCUCGGCCGGGCUGCAGAAGAUGGUGAUCGAGAAUGAUCUCUCUGGUCUGAUAGAUUUCACCCGGUUACCGUCUCCAACCCCCGAAAACAAGGACUUGUUUUUUGUCACAAGGUCCUCCGGGGUCCAGCCCUCACCUGCCCGCAGCUCGAGUUACUCGGAAGCCAACGAGCCUGAUCUUCAGAUGGCCAAUGGUGGCAAGAGCCUGUCUAUGGUGGACCUGCAAGAUGCCCGCACGCUGGACGGGGAGGCUGGCUCCCCGGCGGGCCCCGACGCCCUCACUACCGACGGGCAGGCGCCGGCAUCGCAGCUGGUGGCCGGGUGGCCGGCCCGGGCGGCCCCGGCGAGCCUGGCAGGGCUGGCCACGGUGCGGCGGGCGGGCCAGACGCCGACCACGCCCGGCACCUCCGAGGGCGCCCCCGGCCGGCCCCAGUUGCUGGCGCCGCUCUCCUUCCAGAACCCCGUGUACCAGAUGGCGGCGGGCCUGCCGCUUUCGCCCCGCGGCCUUGGUGACUCGGGCUCCGAGGGCCAUAGCUCCCUGAGCUCCCACAGCAACAGUGAGGAGCUGGCAGCUGCUGCCAAGCUGGGAAGUUUCGGCGGUGCCGCCGAGGAGCUGGCGCGGCGGCCCGGGGAGCUGGCGCGGCGGCAGGUGUCACUGACUGAGAAGGGCGGGCAGCCCACGGUGCCACGGCAGAACAGCGCCGGCCCCCAGCGGAGGAUCGACCAGCCGCCGCCGCCGCCCCCACCGCCACCCCCCGCGCCCCGUGGCCGGACGCCACCCGCCCUGCUGAGCACGCUGCAGUACCCGCGGCCUUCGAGCGGACCGCUGGCGUCGGCCUCGCCUGACUGGGCUGGCCCCGGAGCCCGGCUCCGGCAGCCGUCGUCCUCAUCCAAGGGUGACAGCCCGGAGCUGAAGCCUCGCGCGGUGCACAAGCAGGGCCCUUCACCCGUGAGCCCCAAUGCCCUGGACCGCACGGCCGCUUGGCUCUUGACCAUGAACGCGCAGUUGUUAGAAGACGAGGGCCUGGGCCCAGACCCCCCCCACAGGGAUAGGCUAAGGAGUAAGGAGGAGCUCAGCCAAGCAGAAAAGGACCUGGCCGUGCUGCAGGACAAGUUGCGGAUCUCCACCAAGAAGCUGGAGGAGUACGAGACCCUGUUCAAGUGCCAGGAGGAGACGACGCAGAAGCUGGUGCUGGAGUACCAGGCGCGGCUGGAGGAGGGUGAGGAGCGGCUGCGGCGGCAGCAGGAGGACAAGGACAUCCAGAUGAAGGGCAUCAUCAGCAGGUUGAUGUCUGUGGAGGAGGAGCUGAAGAAAGACCACGCUGAGAUGCAAGCAGCUGUAGACUCCAAACAGAAGAUCAUCGAUGCCCAGGAGAAGCGUAUCGCCUCACUGGACGCCGCCAACGCCCGCCUCAUGAGCGCCCUGACGCAGCUGAAAGAGAGGUACAGCAUGCAAGCCCGUAACGGCGUCUCCCCCACCAACCCCACCAAAUUGCAGAUUACCGAGAACGGCGAGUUCCGAAACAGCAGCCAUUGUUAACCUGCCCGAGGAGGGAGGACCAUGGUGGCCCAGAGCAGGCCUCGGCCUGGGGCCUGGGGAGGAGCGCCCCCACAGUCGCAGCCUCCCGCGCAGGGGCAAGGGGGGGCCCAGGCCUCCUCCCCUUCCCUCCACCUGCGGUCCAGGAGGUGCCGCACGGGGAGCCUGGACAGACUGACGCGGCGUGGGCCCGCUCCCCUCUCUUCUGGCCCGAGAAGCGAGUUCGGUGCAGGCCGGAGAGGCCCGCACACUGGGGGUGGGGUGGCCUGGGGGGAGCAGGGGGCCUGCCAAAGUACGUCUCCGUCGGUUACUGAGUUUGGUGUGUGUCACCUUUCUUCCUUGACCUGGCCAAGUGCAUGUACCCCUUCCCCCUCCCCAGGGAGAGAGCGCCCUCAGGGCAGAGGGUUAGAGAGCUAGGGGCCCAGGCCCCUGCCCUGAGGGACUUGUCCCUUAGUUCCAGGGGCGGACGGACAGGCUGGUCGGCCGGCAGGGAGAGGGUGGGGAGGACGGAGCUGCCGGAGUACCUGUCCUGCAGGGCUCCCCCGAGCCCCUGCCACUGCAUGCGGCCUGUCCAGGGACCUGCCUGGCUGUGAGGAACCGAGGAUUCACCCCUGUACUGUCCCCAGACUCCCUGCCUCUUCCCCCCCACCCCCACCUUCCUUCCUUAUUUUGCCAAACAGACCCAGUGAGGAUCCUGGCCCGCUCUUCUGGGCCCUGGUAUCUGCGGGGAGGAUCUGGAGCCUCUCUCACUUGCCCAGGCCGAGGGCUCCCUAAAGCCAAAGAUCUGGGCAGAGGUGGCCCAGAUGGCACUGUGCCCGAUCCCUGCCCUUCUCCCGGGGCCAGUGCACCAGGGCACCGUGGCCCUGCAGGGAGUGGCCAGCUGGUGGUGCUUACCCUGAGAGGAAGGCUGAUCUUUCCUGAUUGAUGAUUAAAAGCAAUUCUAAUGCCAGCAGGCCCUGAGAAGGUGGAUAACUGUGAUUUUUUUUCCUUUCACAGUAUGCAUUAGAAACAAAAGCCCGCUUGCUCGCUUGCUGGAACACAGGGGCCUUUUAAAUUGAGCGUGCGCACUGCAUGGGAAAUAGCGGCCCUGGAGGAUGUUAGACUUGCUCCCUCUCCAAGACAGCAGCGGCCUGCACCAGGCCCCGUGUGUGCGGCCGGCCUCCUCCUCACCCUUCCCGGGCCCCCGGCCAAGGACCCAGGCGCUGCAGACAGGAGAGGGGCACAUCCCACAGCUGGGGCCGGUUUUCCUCAGCUCUAGGCCGUUCUGUGGCUUCUCAGCCCUCCCUGAUCCCCACCCCUUGCGGGACAUAGGUGGUCAGGAGCUUGGGUCUGUCUCAGUCCCUCCCUGGUCCCACCCCCAGCCCUGGGGGGUCUCCAGCAAGAGCUGGGCAUUUGCCCCCCUCCCCGGCAGAGCCCGAGCUAGGCGAGCUGCCCGAGCCGCCCCCUCUGCCUUGGCCUCAGGAAGCUGAGACCCUGGGGAAGAGCCCUGAGCCCUUCCUGCCGCAGCCAGGGCCAGGGUCACCACAGAGCCCACCAGGUCGAGUGCGGGAAGGGUGGCCCAGACCACGCUGUGCCCCAUCCUGGCCUCUGGGCAGGGGCUUUUAGAUGAAACCUGCAGUUCAGUUAGGCCAGAGACUUGCCGCUGAGGAGAGGGCAGGCCCCUAAGGGUCACAGACCUCAGGAAGGAAGGCCGUGGGGGCUGUGGCCCUGCCCCCACCUGUGGCCACACAGGCAGGGCCUGGCCCCAGUGAUGUCCUCUGGUUCGGUCUCAUCCCCCCGCUGCCCGGUGAGCCCUCCCCUCCUCCCCACCCCUACCCCCACUGAUGCCUCGAUGCCUCGUAGAGCAACCUCGGACUGAGCGCCUCUUAGCAAUACGGGGGGAGGUUCCCAGGGCCCGGACGGCAGGGCGUAGGAGGCCAGCAUGCGUGUGGUGCUGGUGGCCCUUGGCGUGGGUGUGAGCUCUCAGGCCGAGAGCCUUAUUUACUUAGUGCAAAAACUGUAAAAGUGUACAGACUCUUCACAGAUUUUUAUCUGAAUUGCAAGUCUGACAAUUUUUGUAAAUGUUCUCGGUGUUCGACUGUAAUGUAACUAUUUCACCUAAUGGUUGUACAUAGUCCUUUAGUCCUGGUGCUGCCGAGGGCUGCCCGGGACCGCUGCUCUCCGAUGGUUUGUAUUUUAUUUUUUAAUCUAGAACAGUAUUGGGCAGGAGGAGGGGGUUUGGGGUUCGGUGUCGGGGUUUCUCCCCACCUGUGGCAUGUACCCGUCGGCUUUGCAGCGUGCUGUCUGGGUGGGGUGCUGGGGACACGCGCCCUGUCCGGGCCACACAGAACCUGCGUCCCGGGGUGGGGCCAGGGUGCCAGAGGGCCAGAGGGAGGGGGAGUGAGGGAAGGCAGGCCCUGCUCCGGGAAGGUGAGGCCCUGGGCCCAGAGCCUGCUGGAGACGACUGUCCUCCCUGGCCGGCACAGAGAGGCUGACUUUUUGCUUAACUUUUAUGUUUAGGGUGAAGGAAACUGCCAAACUUCCUAUAAGUGAAGACUUUUUUCCGACUGCCCAGAAAGGGGGGGGGGGGGUGGGGAACCAAGGCCAGAGCUCCACACGCCCCCCCCCACCUCCCCCCUAUAGAGCGUCUGCCCCCAAGGGGGGGGAUAUGGGGUACGCCUCUCCCUGCCGCCCCGCCCAUCAGCGGAAGGCAGGCUGUCCAGGGAAACAGCCCCUCUUUUCUACACCUUUGGCCCCAAAUCCACCCCCGGCCCCACACCGCCCCCCACUCCCCCUUUUGUAAGUAUGUGAAAAAGAAAACCACGCCAACGUUGGAGUCUUGGCUGGAGCCCCUCCCAGCUGCGACUUUGAACUGUGUAAUAAUGUACAGAGAAAGUUGUUGGUGUUCUAAGACUGUGUGGCUGUGCAAUUUCUGUACAUUUGCAAUUAGAAAUAUUAAAGAUUUAUUUAGCUAUUUUAAA